AUGACUUAUUCUGAGGAGGGUGCAGACACUAUUACUGCACAGGAGAGUGGAGUCGCUAAUACUGCACAGGAGGGUGGAGACACUGAUACUACACAGAUACAUGAUGGUGCAUCUCAGGACCACGAAGCAGAAAAGAUGAUAGGAGGUUCGGCUUGUUGCCAGGACUGUCUUGUGAAGAAGGGGCCAUGGAGUACAGAAGAGGACCAUAAACUCGCUCAAUAUAUAAAUAAGUAUGGCCUUGGUAAUUGGUCUAAUCUUCCAAAGCUCGCAGGCUUAUUGAGGGGUGGAAAGAGUUGUAGGCUGCGCUGGACAAACUAUUUGCGACCUGGCAUAAGGCGAGGACCGUUUUCUACUCAUGAAGAUGAAAUAAUACUCCACUACCAUGACAAGCUUGGAAACAAGUGGACAGAAAUAGCGAAGCAGUUACCAGGGCGGACAGACAAUGACAUAAAGAACCGUUGGUAUAACCGUUUGAAGAAAGGACUAAGAAGCAAAAUGGCGUACAAAUGUUUAUCAUCUCCAUUUACAUCUUCCUACCUUGCCCGUCUAGAGGUUGAAGCCAGAAUAGGCAGAAACUUUUUAAACCUUGCUACUAAUGGAAAUGUUCACCUGGACAAUAAUUUACUAAAGUUUGUAUUUCAAUCCAAUGAGAUGGUAGCAAGUUCUGUGGCAUCAAAUUGUGUGGAUCAAGCACAACGAAAAUUACUACCAUAUAAUUGUCAAAGAUUAGACAAACAUUUUUUGGGAGGAGAUCAAUUCAUCCCUUCUCCAAUAAAAUUCAACGCUGAAAUGCUUAAUGAGGGUGGUAACAAUAACUUUCUGCAAACAGAAAAUAACUGUGGGGAUUCCAUUUCGGCUAUGGUAUCAAGUACAUAUAAUGGAGCUGAUGAAAUAGAAGAGCGUUUUUCUUCUUUCCCUCUGCUGAACAUGAACAUCUAUGGAGCACCAAUUCCACAAGAGUCUCACCUUGAUUUUGCACAAUUUCCAGAGAUUUCCCAGGAAAUAGUAGAAUCCCCAACAAUCACAGAUUUGAUGAAUAUAGUGGAUGACAAAGAGUAUUGGAUUUAA